AUGCACGAUGAAGAAAACGCCCUGAAUACGCCUGAGCGCAGCAUCGUCUGCGAGGAACCACAGACCAUCUCUGUAGCCAGUCCAGCAGACAAAGAGGACGGCAACAUUAACGGCAACACACAGCCUCGCCCCUUUGACGAACUUACGCGUACAGAUCCCUUUUCCCCAAGAAAACAACCUUUUUGGUCUCCUCCAGCACCCAGCCCGGCAUGGGCCCUGUCUGGAUCCCCUUCCGCCGCUUUACGUCAACCUCGUCGUUCCUGUCCUACAUGGCGGCUGAAUGUCACCCAGAGGACUGAGGCCAAAGUCAGGGCCAAAGGUCAGGGCCGAUCGCCAAGGAGGCAACUUAAUAACGGGGUUAGUCGCAAUUGGGCUAGUUCAUCGUCAUCGCAGGAAGUUAUUGCAGCGACCAUUAAGCUGGAAUGGACCGGAGUAGUGAUCCGAGUGCGUUGCGGUAAGGACCGGGACUGGAUGGUUGUCAUGCGCGAGCUGCAGAAGACGUGGGCGGUUGCCUCGCAGCAGCAAAAGCAAUCUAACCCCGAGCCAUGUAUUCGGGAUUUGAACGGUGGUGAAGGAGAGAAAGAGGAAGGAUUGAAGAUCAGCGUCAUAUUGCAUAUCGUGGGAUAG